AUGUCACCGAGCUCUUUGAGCUUGCCAUCUCCCUCGUGUUACUUUUGUUUCCAAAUUCGUGUCUUAGAGUUUUGUCGCAGGUUUCUUGAACAUCUUCAAGGAUUUGAAAGGAUUGGCAGCUUAGUAGCCAGAGUUGGUCUGUACAGAGAUGACAUCGAAUUAGUUGCUGCCCAUAGUUGGAAGGAUUAUGCAAAACUAAUAUUUUUGAAGUUUAUCAAGUUAAAAUGUCCAUCAUCUCCAAGCAAGAGGAUAGAAAUGGAUGUCAUGAAGUUGAUGAUGAGUGACUAUAAUGUGGAGACAAUAAAUGGAAAUUUUUUCAUCUUUCUUUGUCUUUUGGUAGACAUUAAUUGCUCCUCAUCUCCAUCUCCCCCUUCGAAUCUCCAUCUCCCCCUCUUUCUCCUCUUGCUUCUCAUCUUCAAAACGCCUCUGCCAUUCUCUUUUCCUCUCUAUGCGGAUCUCCCUUGCUUCUCCUCUGCCCUCCUUUCCACUCGCCCUAGCUGCAAUGAAACAAUAAGAACUGAAAGAAGCCAAAGCCCCUUAGCUAGACCAAGUUUAAUUGUCGGUGGACUUGCUAACAUCUCUAAUACGGAAACCAACAUCAGUCCGGGUUCAGUCUCUCACCUGGAAGUGAAAGUGGGAGGUUUGUGUAGACUUUUGAUGUGGGACUUUGUGCAAGUCGUUGUGGUGGUGACACGUGUCAUGGAGAUUAGGUUCAACAGUUUGAGAGAGUUGGCAGUCGGGAGCUUCGGCAGGUGUCUGGCACCUUGGAAGAGUGUCUUCCUUCGGCACGGGAGAAGGCGUUUUGGUGCUAUAUGUUUUGAGGCUGGAUAUGCUCGGUUGAUUAUGGUGUGCAGUAGUACCCCAAGUUUGCAGUCAAGAAGUAACUUCUGGGUUGGGAACUUGUUAGAUUUUUGUGUAAUCGUGACCGAGCAUUCCAGGUUCAAUGGGAGUCGUAAGGCAUUCCCUAGUCCACCGAGUUGGCAAGUUAGAAGGAGCCCGGGACUGGGCUCUAUGGAGUUGAGCAUUGGUAGAGGCCGUGGCCUUGAAGCUUUGGCAAGGGAGCCUUGGGGAGCAAAAUUUGAAAAGCAAGGAGCUCGGCCUAUGGACUCAACCAAGCUUCGGCAAGCAAGGCAAGGGUGGAGAAUUGUGGAGAUCUUUGGUUCUCGCGAGGAGUUGGAGCUGGGACGGUGUCGUGUGCUGGAGCUAGGCAGCAGGUACGCAUCUUAUGGAUGUUUGUUUUGUUGGGCACAUGCCCUGCCGAUUGGCAAGGUUCAGUUGACAAAAUUAGUGACUUCUUUCAUUGUGUGUUCGGCUAUGUCUUCUGUAGGAAUUGAGACCACUCCACAGUCGACCAUUGUGAAAUUUCGUGGAGCUGGGCUCGGGAGGCUAGGUGCCUUGAUCAGAUUUUUUGAGGUGAGUUUGUUUUCGAAGACCAUUGGUUCGGCAACACAAUCCUUGCCUGUAAGCAAGGGAUAUCUGGGACUAACUUGCUGGUUGGAAAUUCACGGUCGUUUGACAAGGGAGCUAGAGCUCAGGCCUUCGGCAAGUUCGGAGUUGGGCCUUGAGGGCAAAUUUGGAAUCCUUGAGGCUGGGCCCUUCAUGGUGUUGGUUUUUGGCAAAGUAGGCAAGGCUUCAUCCUUGCGUGCCCCUUGGUGUUUUAGCUCAAGUAAGCUUGGAGCUGGGCUUCAUGAGUUAGCAAUUCGUGGUGAGCCUCCCCUUGCCUCUCCACGGGCCUUGCCAUUCGGCAAGGUCCUUCAUUAUUUUUGUUUUGGUCCCAUGGCCGGCCCCGGGCGGUACAAGGGAUUUGGGAGGGAAGUUGAAGGGGUGCUAGGGUUUCUCGUGUACCUUGGGGCUUUAUAA